GAAAAGACUGAAAAACUCUGAGCAGAGAGAAAUUUUACAGCAUUUUAAAUAUGAAGGAGCACAUAGACAAAUGGCAAUGCAGGCGGCUUCAGCUCCGCCUCUGCCACCUCCUUACAAUACAGAGGCUAAGGGACAAUUUCCCUUACGUUCUCCUGAAAUGGAUGGAGAAAUAACAGGAACUCUGACAGUACAGAUGUUUGAUAAAAAAGAUGCAACAUCAAAAAGUACAUCCCAAAAAACCGAAACCACACACACUGAACCCCAUUAUCAGAGAAGAGUUACAAUGAGAGAAGACAGGGGGUCAGAGGACAGCAUUAGGAAAGCCAUGGAACAAAUGAAUGAAGAAAAAUACAAAGUGCCUUAUGGCAUUGAUGUUCUGAGGGAUGAUUCUGGUUGUGUGUCUCGUCCACUGGCAGCAUCAACCCCAUUGAGCAAAGUGUCUUCAGAGCAGGAGCAGGAAGUGGGAGAAAGAGAGAGAGAAAGAACAUAUUGGGAGGAACAUGAACAAAAGGAGAAAGAACAUCUCCUACAACUUCAUGCAUAUGAGGAAAGAAUUAGAAAGGCUCAAGAAAAGAUAGAUGCAAGUGCAGAACGCAUCUCACAGAGAUGGUCAGAGACAGAAAGUAUAAUAAAAGAGAUGAAAAAGCAAGUAGAUAAGAAAUUGGAAGCUUUGGAAUCAGAAGACGACAGUAAAAAAGGGAGCAGCCCAGGCAGGGAAACACUGACAAAUUGUGUGGGAAGACAUGCAGCAUCGGUCCAACGCAGCUUAAGCCGGGACGACUACGAAUCGGACUGUGAGAGAGAACAGGAAGUCCUGGAUACAGAGGAACCAGAGGAGGAGGAAGAAGACUCAGACUCAGACGACCCUGUGAGUAAACAUUAUGAUGUGAACAUUGCAUUGUUGUCUGAACCUCCUACUCCUAGACACCUGAAACUACGAAGCAGAACUGUUUCCUUCCGGUGUGGGAGAAAAAGGACUCCAUCUAAUCCCAAAGGAAAGACAGAGACUGCAGCUCCACAAUAUCCUCUGCUGGCCAAGGGGCCCUGUAAUCAAGAAAGGUAUGGGAGGCUCUGAGAAAAGCCUACCCCUCGAGAAGGGAUCCAUCCAAACUGGAGAAGCAGACCCUGGGACAAGAUGAGAAUCCUCUGCAGUUCCUACAGAACUAUCAGAGAACCUGGAAGCUACAGACAGGAGCAGAAUGGAACAGUAAUGAGUCAUCAAAAGCAUUGUUUCUGCUUUAUGUCAAAAAUGCCACGCCUAAACCUGUACAAGAGAAAUUGAAUGGGGUGGUGGGUUUGUUGAAGAUGGACUGGCCGGUGUUCUCUGAACAUAUUGUGCAUUUUGUUGAAGUUUAUAGAAACGAACAGAAGGCUGCAGAAGAACAAAGCAAACAGCUAGCAAAUAAGCUAACACAGCUGCAGAUAGGAGAACUGACAAGCAGAAGAAAGACAAAGAAAAAGCUCAACAUCAAGCAGCAGUGACAGUUGUAGCACCUGAAGUAAAGGCAGAAGGAGCCAAGCCUGAGUCAACAACCGCAGCAGUAAUCCAAGCUCCAGUGUAUGCUGCUGGUAUGCAACAACCCCAGGUGCAACAGCCUCAACAUUCUACUAACCUUCCUUCUUAUACUCCUGUACAGCAGCCUGUUCAGUCUGUCCAGACUCAACCUUCACAGGCCCCACCCAUUCAUGUGCACCUCAACCAAGGAGGACCGGCAGGGUACUCCACACAGGGAAGAGGAAGACCCAAUUUCCGUGGGGGACCCAUGCAGCGAGGAAGGUGGAGAAGACCGUAUCCACUACAGCGUCCAUAUCAACCUCAGCAGCAGCCACAGGUUGGUGUCACUGCCACAUCAGGUCAGCAACAACUGCAAUGCUGGGGAUGUGGGGGAAAUGGACACAUGCAGAGAAACUGUCCCAGCAACGCCAACAUCUCCAAUCCAUGGAUGGGACCAGCAGCAAACUGGCAAUAGGGAGGCCCAGAGGAACCACAAGGGGAGGUAAUCGCACCAGUACUAACACAACAUCCACAAAGUGAACCCAAAAUAAAAGUUGCCAUACAUGACCGUCAAUAUGUCUUCAUGGUGGACACAGGAGCAACUUACUCAUGUAUUGGCAGGGGAGGGGCAGGUCUGCCCCUAUCCUCAUCAAAAAUUCGAACAAUAGGUUUCUCUGGGAAAGAACAAAUUACUCCCCUAACCGAGCCAGUGCCAAUGCAGAUUGGAAAUAAAAUAGUAUGUGCACCUCUACUAUAUUCCACAGACACUCCCAUAAAUCUGCUAGGAAGAGAUGUACUGUGCAAACUCAAUGCAAAAAUAAUGUGUUCACCUGAUGGAGUGUACUUUGAGGUGUCAGAUGAUGAUGCUACUGAUGAUGCUACAAAUGCAACACCUAUCAUGCCCCUACUAACUGCAUCAGACUCUCAACAGAAUGAGCAAAUGAAGGAUGCACGUGUGUACUGGACCAGACUCACCACACCAGUCUCUCACCUCACUCAGUCUUGGGAAACCUGGAAGCCACUGGUAAUGCAUCAAUACAAUGCAGCUCGAGAACCAGCGCUGCCUCUACAUUGCACCAUGCUAUACGACGAACAUCAAAGCUAUGGUGACUACGAUGACUGCUGGGAUGAGGUAAUCAAUAACACUACCACUAUUCUACAAUAUCAAGACAUCAUUGUGGGACCUCAAGGCACUGCAGCGAAAGUAAGACUUACAGAAGAAAUGAGUGACUGGUUUCAAGUGCCUGAAUCGGUACCACACAUUACUUUGCUUAUUGCAGAAGGACAUGAAUCACAUGAUUUAGGACCAAUGAUGCGCCAAAGCCAACAAAUAAAAAACUGGAUUCCAACAGACUGUAAAUUUCUCAGUGUAUCUCCUGACGGGCUCUAUUUGAAAAUUCAAUGUACCGAUGCAGAUGAGGCUAUAGCUGAAAAAGUAAUGUUACCAAAAGAAGCAAGAAAGCAGAUGGUCAUUUCAGAAGAACAUGUACCUUUGUUAGAACAAGUUCCAUCGCAUGUCUGGUCAGAACAUAAAACUGAUGUAGGUCUAGUCAAAUCAGCUGAACCAUUGCAGUUUCAAAUUAAAGAAGGAACCAGACUGCCUUACCAGAAACAAUAUCCACUGAAAUAUGAUGCCACAGAGGGUAUUAGACCCAUAAUAGCUGGAUUACUAGAAGCAGGAGUCCUAGUUAAAGUUAGGAGCCCCUGCAACACACCUAUUUUCCCAAUCCGAAAACCAGGAAGUAAUGAUUAUAGACUGGUGCAUGACCUCAGAGCUAUUAAUGCCAUCAUCACAGAAGAAAACCAAAUAGUUCCUGACCCUCACACUCUAUUGUCCAAUAUACCGCCAAACACCAAGUGGUACACAGUCAUAGAUCUGUGUUCUGCUUUUUUCAGUGUACCCGUUCAUCAAUCAUCGCAAUAUCUGUUUGCUUUUACCUAUAAAGGAGAGCAAUACACAUACACACGGUUGCCACAGGGUUUUGUUCAUUCUCCAUCCAUAUUCAAUCGAGUACUGGCCAAUGACCUAAGCCAUGUAGACAUGCAGUCAACUACAUUAAUGUAUGUGGAUGACAUCUUGAUCUGCUCAGAAACAAAAGAACAGUGUGAAAAAGACUCCGUCACUCUCCUCAAAGCCUUAGCAGAAGGAGGUCACAAGGUCAGCAAAAAGAAAUUGCAGUUCUGCCAGAAGUCUGUAGAGUACUUAGGCAGACAAUUGAGUGGAGAUAAACGAUGCAUAGCUCCAUCUCAAAUAGAGGCCAUACUUAAAACUCCAAAACCUCAGACAGUAGGCCAAAUGCUGACUUUUCUAGGGAUAACAGGCUACAGCAGGCCAUGGAUAUGUGAUUAUGCUAUUAAAGCGGCUCCAUUAAGAGCACUCAUCCGCGCAGCAGGACAAGCUAAUCAGUCAACAAAACUCCAGUGGACCACAGAGGCAGAAGGUGCAUUCCAAUCCUUAAAGCAUGAUAUGCAGACAGCUCCGGCUUUGGCUAAUCCAGACUACAGUAAAUUGUUUCAUCUUUAUGUAGCAGAGCGUCAAGGUUAUGCUUGUGCUGUACUAAUGCAAGAUUCUUCUACAGGAAAGCAACCUAUUGCUUAUUACAACACUAAGCAAGAUGCAGUAGAAGAAGGCCUGCCUCCUUGUUAUCAAGGUCUGGCCGCAGCAGCCUUUGCUUACAAAAAAGCUCAGGUCAUAACUAUGGGUCACCCUGUAACACUGUACACAUCACAUCAACUGCAUGCCUUAUUGACAGGACCACGCUUUGUUAUAACACAAGCCAGACGCACUGGCUAUGAGGUUUUGCUUUCAGGAUCUGAACUAACCAUUCAAAGAUGUACAACUGUCAAUCCAGCCACUAGAAUGGUCCUUCCAACUGAAGGAACCCCACAUGACUGUUUACAAGAAUCAGAAGCCUUUAUGAAAGUACGCGACAAUCUUUACAAUCAGCCCAUUCCAUCAGAUCUCAUUUUGUUUGUGGAUGGAUCUUGUAUUCGUGACGUGACCGGCAUCAAAGCAGGUUAUGGUGUAGUUCAGUUAAAUCCAGAUAACACCUUUGAAACAUUAUUGAUGGUAGCUGUAGAACAACCAUGCUCCGCCCAAUUAGCAGAAAUCAAGGCUUUAACUACAGCAUGUCGUUUAGCGGCUGGUAAGCGUGCGACCAUUUACACAGACAGUGCCUAUGCAUAUGGAGUUUGUCACAUCAAUGCUAGCAUUUGGAAACAGAGAGGUUUUGUUCGUGCUGAUGGAACUCCAGUGCUUCAUGGCCAGGCUGUGGCAGACUUGAUUAUGGCCAUGCAGCUACCGUCAGAGUUAGCCAUAGUUAAGUGUGCAGCCCAUCAAAAUAGCACAUCAUUGGUCGCCCAGGGCAACAACUUGGCAGAUGAAGCCGCAAAACAGGCCACAGGACAAACUAUACAGGGCCCAUUGUUGACUGCACAGGAUUGUGAUCCUAUAACUAACCUUCAAUCUUUAAUUGAUGCCCAAACAGCAGCUCCUGAGGCAGAAAAACGCUUAUGGUUGCAAAGGGGGGCCAUUCGGACGGCUGCCCCACAUGAGGGUUUGUGGAGAAGUGCUCAUGGUCAUUUUGUUAUGCCAUUGUCACUAUUGAACGUAGCUAUUAAGAUCAUGCAUGAGCCAGAUCACUGUUCUAGAGUUCAGGUGUUGCAGAAACUACAGGCUGUAUGGUGGUCACCUUAUAUGGCAGCGGCAGUUGACAGGGAACUCUCACUGUGUCCUCAUUGUUCAAAAUACAAUGUUAGAAAGAUGUUCACACACCCAAUUGCUCAUAUUCCUGUCCCUGAGGGACCCUUUAAACAUCUUAUGAUGGAUUUCAUUGACAUGAUUCAUCGUGUACGGAGACAAAGGUACAUUUUGGUUGUUGUGUAUAGAUUCAGUCGUUGGGUGGAGGCCUGUGCCUCCACAACAUGUGACAGUAAAGUGGUAGCUACGUUUCUUUGUACUGAGGUAUUUCCUAGGUUUGGUCUGCCUGACACUAUUUCAUCAGAUAGUCGUCCUCAUUUUGUUUCCAGAGUGGUAAAAGAAACAUUUAAACUACUCCAUAUUAAGCAGAAAUUUGGCUGUGUUUACCAUCCUCAGUCACAGGGCUCCGUUGAGCGCGCCAACGGAAUCCUGAAGACAAAAAUAGCCAAAAUCAUAGCUGACAGUGAUGGCAGGUUAACCUGGGUUGAUGCUCUGCCUAUUGCCUUAAUGGCAAUGCGUUCACAAACUAACAGACUAACCCAUUUAACCCCGCAUGAAAUGCUUACAGGACGUCCUAUGCCUGUGCCACAGCACAGGGGCCCGGUGGAAGGCCCCUCACUACCUCAACUGCAGCAGGAGUUGGGUAAUUAUUUGAGAUCUUUAACUAAGAUCCACAGACUUAUCUUCCAACAGGUGAAGGAGGCUAACAACAAGGACGAGACUCAGAUCCCGCUCGACAAGCGUGACAUCCAGGUGGGCGACCAGGUGUUCAUAAGAGUGUUCAGACGGCACUGGAACGAGCCACGUAGAGACGGACCGUUCACAGUUGUUCUUGCCACUCCGACUGCUCUAAAAGUCGAAGGUAAGCCCUACUGGUUCCAUCGUAAUCACUGCGCUCCCCAUCGUCCGCUUGAGCCACCUGGUCAUCACCCUGACCAGCUUGCUCUAACUACGCCACCGUUGCAUGCUGAAGGGGCAGCACACAGCGCCCCCAGCCGCUCACGUUCUUGCUCACCUGCAGUGAGUGGUGCGCCCUCCUCGCCACAAGGGCAGCGAAGGUCUGCACGACUGCUGGCACGCUGUCCCCAAAAAGGGUAUAAACACCCCACUCGCAUUGGUUAUGUCUCCCCAACCACUACAGACACUGAUGGUGCAGUUGUUUCUCCAGCUUCUCCAGAGACUGACAGUCCUGCUGUGGACUCCCCAUUCUCCUCUCAAAGCAGCUCUGAUGGAGCGGGAUUCCCUCCUUCCUUCCCUCGAGCGGGCCCCAGUGGACAGCUGCCCUCCGGGGCUGCCCCCUCCGUGCCUGACUCUUCCCCUUCUUCGCUUGCAUUCUGUGCUAACUACUCUCAUCUGAGGGUCAGCGUGUCUGGCUGGACUCAGACUCUGACUAAUCUCUUUUUCCUCUGGGUGCUAACCCUUGGUGGGUUCGCAAGGGGGGAGCUACUGUUGACUGUCCCUGAGGACAGUGGACACUCAUCAAACUCACUACAAACAUGUGCUAUGGCAAUGACUACUCUAGUGACUAACUCAAAGGGUGUAGAAUGGAAUGAUCAAAGGUUAAUUGUGAAUUAUGUGAAGAUUAAUGCUUAUGACCAUGCUUUAAUAACUGUUUUUGUUGAUUCUGAACCAGUAAGUGAGCACUGGAUAGGUUACCCAAGAGCUAAAGAAUGCCAUGGAGAGGGGAUGGUGACUAUAAUGGUAAGGUGUACAUAUACCACAUGUCACAGACCAGGACAAAAGAUGCCACUAGAAGAGGCCAAAAGAAAAGUGCAAUUGAAUGAUGGUAACCGUCACAAGAGAGAUUUGGAAAAACUAAAAACUGCUAAAUGGGACACAAAUAUGUUUGCGCAGUGGUUGAAAUUUUCAGCACAAACAAUGUAUAUAGCUAAAGGAUUAACACGACAGAACUGUAUAGUCUGUUACAAUGCCAGAAGGAUCCCUCAAUUCAAAAUAUUGCCAGGGAGCAAAAUAGGUGAUUGUUUGGAUCCAGACAGGUGUUUUGCUAAUUGCGCUAUGCACAUGGCAAGUGAGUACAACUGGCGUUGGUCUGGAGAUCAUAGUAUCUGCCCACAAUACAUUACAAAUAAUGAAUAUGAUGUAUCAAGUGUAUUGCCUCCAGUGGUGCAACAGUUUGAUGAUAUGGUUUUUCCAUUCUGUAUAGCGAAAGGGGCAGAGUUGGAGGCCGUCACAAAAAGAACAACAACCAGCAUGUGGGACUCGGCAGGGUUGGUGCAGUGCUACAGCCACUCCUACAGCAUUUCCACAACGUAUGGUUCAGCGGCUGCAGCAGUUAAAAUAUGUAAGUCAGGAACCAAUUCCCGCUUAAGGUGUGCUCAGGUCGUACCAAAUGGGGAAUGUAUAAUUUAUCAACUGAAUAGAACUUUUGUGCAGGAAUACUGUAUACCUAAAUUGGAUGGCACUGUCCCACUAGGUGAUAUCUAUUGGACAUGUAAUCAGAAUGAUACAUUGUUAACACAAUUGCCAUCGGGAUGGGAAGGAAUAUGUGCACCCCUAAUGCUUACGGGACAGUUGUCAAUAAUAGCCCAGAGGCCUAACCGUUUACAGGAAGCAGAACCCCUCCCUACACCAAGAAGCACCAAAAGACCAGGAAGAAGUAGGUCUCAAAUGCAAAAUAGGAAUAGAACAGGAAGCAGAAAUAGCACACCAGAGCCAAACAAAAGAAACACAAAAAGGAGAACCACGAGAAGUAUUAAAUUGGAUGGAUGGGAUUGGAGAAAUUCGGGAGAGGUAUACAUUAGUUGGGACCAAGUUCCAUAUGGGGUACCAUAUGAGCAUGCAGCAGUGCACCCGGGAUGGAUAGAAUCAGGACGAGUUGCAGGAUCAGUUCCUAUGUAUGGACAGGCAGUUAAUGCCCAAUAUGUAGCUAGAAAUAGCCGGUGGAUAAAUCUUCUUUGGUAUAAUCAACAGAGGUUUAUUAAUUAUACUAUAAAGGGUCUGUCCUUAGUACGAGAACAAUUGCAUGCUACAUCAAAAAUGGCUCUUCAAAACAGGUUUGUCUUAGAGUCUUUAAUGGCACCACACCAAGGAGUUUGUGAGGAAAUAGGAGAAGAGUGCUGCACUGAAAUACCGCUGCAUACAGCAGCUGAUGGUAACACGAGUUCUGAAUGAAAUGCGUAGAAUGAGAGACGAGCAUGUUCUAAAUUCUAAUUGGAAUACUCAGGUGAAGAGUUUUUGGGACUGGUUGUCCAAAGGGGGGUGGCUUAGCACUCUAAAAAUGAUUGGAAUAGUAAUUGGAGUGUUUUGCCUGAUCGUGGUAAUUUUGAUUUGUUGCAUUGUACCAAUACUACGCCUCAUGGUGUCUACGGUGUUUAAAAAGAUCUCAGGACAAUUCCCAUUAGUGCAGGUGCAGUAUACAGAACAAGAUAACACAAUAUCAGCAUAUGAUGCUGAAACAACAUGUGACGAUGACCACGAAGCUGACAUGGUAUCUAGGGUGGAGUAUGAAGACAUGUCGCUGUAUGAGGAAAUGGGAAUUCCACCACCAGAGGUGUUGCCCAACCUACUGUAAAUGGAGGAAGCCCAUUACUCCGGCUGGCAGAAGCCUCCAGCAUCAGCCUAUUGGGCCGGGCCAGCCCUUAGGGAGCCAGAAGCAGCAUGGAUGCCAGGCAUGGUGCCCCCUGCCCCUGUCCUCUUUCGUCCUUAUCUUUCCCCAGGUCGAGCUCAGGGUGGCAGUUCGACGGCGAGAGCAGAGGAGCCACAGGCCUCGGGGAGCUCUCGGAUCCUUCACACCCUGCUCACAGCGCCCAGACCAGAGAUACGACCUGCAGAGCCAGGGCCGAGUGGAGAAGUGUACAGAGCAGAGGCGAGGCAUGCGGGACCUACGACUCCGGAUGAUCCAAGGGCGAGAUCACCUGUGCCUUCCCCAGAUUCAGAGGAAGAGGAGUAUGUGCCAACAUCACCAGGACGAGGGUGGCCCAAUGAAGUGGCUCCAUCUACCAGGCGACAGGUUAAGAGGCGGGCUCUGCCGCCACCAGCUGUCACCUACAGUGCCUCAGACAGAGCUCACCUGUUUGAGUGCCUACGACGUCCCAUUGAGCAUUUUACUUACAACGAACUCUGCGAGGAGGUCGCAAACAUGACCAGAGAUGUUUUUAGUAUCCUGCAAAGAGGUUUGACACCUAAGGCUAAACGCCAAUUCUCUGUUAUCAGGAAGCGCGAGAGUAGUCGCCUUUACAGAAGCCUGCAACAGAUUGAUCGACUGACACUGGAUCGUUUGCACCGUCGAAACGCUGAACUGGAGGCUCAGGUUGAUGAUCAGCAACACCAAAUUGUCACAUUGCAGCGCACACUAGACGACACCGUGCACAAAUACAAUGCACUGAACCAGUUCUGCAACUCGCGUUUGCAGAGUCAAUCAAAAACAAUUGCAGCUAUGGAAGAAAUGAUAGGAAAUCAAUCUGGGAAGCUGUUGCCAAUGCUGGUGGAAGGAAGGGUGCUACAGCUGAGAGCGGUCUCUCAGGCUCAGCAACCCCCAAAUGCUCAAGGUCCCCCUCCUCAGUCUAGACACCCAUGAAACUAUUGUCAACAAAAUAAGAGAUUAAUGUAUACUGAAGAUUCUGUAAUGAUGCUUGUAUAUUGCUCAGUUGUCGACAUAUUGCCAUGUUAGAAUACAAAACACAAAGCCUGUGUUAAUGAUUGGGGAUGAUUGAAGAGGAGAAAUAUUACUUUAUAAAGUACACUAUGCAUUAAGUUGUACACUGUGGACAUAGGUCCCAUGAUGUAGUCCGGCCAUAAGGUCUGUGCAUGACUUGGUUAGGGGAUUUGCGAUUUUUCUCAAAUAGCUGGAUGAGUUCAAUUUUAUGUCUGUAGCGGGACAUGGCGAAUGGCCACCCCAUAACAGGGCAGAAAAAACCUACUAUAAAAAUACAGAAAGGGGUGACCUCAUAAGUGUACCAGGGACUGGUGUGGCAGGCUUGUCUCUUGAACGUAUUGCAUGUAUGUUGCAUGUGUGAUUAUAUGGUUAUGCAUUACAUGACUGACAUAAUCACUGAUAGUUUUAAGACUAAUAUAAGACAAGUAUAACCAUCACUGAUUUUGUUCACAUGAAUGUUUGAUGUAUUUUUUUUUUGUAAGGAGGUUUAAAUUAGGCUUUAGCAGAUAAAUUCUAUAUGCCUAUGUUUGUGUCACUGACAUUUUAGACAUAAAUGAUAAUCUUACCCCAUGUAAACGAAACAUUUAGAAUUAAAUAGUGACACCUACUCAUGGCAGUACUCACUAAUGUAGAGUUAGUUUAUGUUUUGUGUUUUAUUCACAGAUAAUUGGACUUCCAUCUGCUACAAAUUUUCUCCUGUCUGGCCAAUCAGCAUGUCACAAAGAGAUAGACACCGUCUAAUAUCCCAUGACCGUCGCAUUCUUCGUUCAGUAUUUCGCCUUAAUCCUGAUCACCCAACACCCAUUUAUCUUCUCCGUGUUGUUUGUCAGCACGUGAUGGUGAUUGAUUCCUGUGUUUCUCGUCAUGGUUAUUGGGGCGCUUACAGUGAACAUUAUUCCAUACAUAUAGGAUUGCUUUGUGUUGCUAAAUUCUGGGAAGGAACAGGUUGCUCAUGCAACAUAAAAACCCACUUUCCAUGUAUAGCCAAACAUUGCACAGAAACUAUAUCACUCCAGGCUCAUACCUUCCCUCCACCACACACCUACACCUUGUUUUCGUCAGACAUUCAAUUUGAUCUGCCUAACCUCCACACUUACUAGAUGUGUUUGCACUAUAUUCAUUCACUACUACUGACAUAGUUAGUCACUGGAGCACUAUAUACGUAUUACAUUUUAUUCACUGGAUUUUAAUUUGAUGUGUUGUUUUAGUUUGAUUAGCAUUUAGUUAUCACAGUAUAGGGGUAAUGACAAUGUGCACUCAAAUGUGAUGAUAUAACAGAGUUAUGGUGUAGCAUUUGGGUUGUAUAGGCAUUUUCUCUGCUAUACUGUGCAAUUCACAUGAUUAUUGUGUGCUACAUAUACUCAUUUGACAGUUACACCACGUAUAGUUAGCUUGUGUUUUUUGUUUUGCUUCACGUGUCGCAUGACGAGGCACUUUACCUCUCGACACCAUUGAAAGUACAGUCUCAUAAAACACUUGAUGCCAAGAGUAAUCAUGUCUGAGAGGAUGUUUCCCUGGUCAUGUCUCACGUGUUGCUAGGAAGCCGGACAAAGACGAUCACUGAAUCCUCAGGAUGGGAUAGUCCCGGGGGGAUUCUGACAGAGCAAGUAUUUAGGAUCUAGUAUCUUUACUCUGUUGCCCAGUUGCUCCGGUAACUGAGCCUCUGUCAAUCAAGUGACCCUCAUUGUCUGGGAUAGGUAAGGUAUGUCCCCGAGAAUGUGAUUACAGCUUGUUAAUAUAUGUGGCUCUCUUAAGAGCCACAAGGGGGGACUGUUGUGGAAAAAUUAAUCCACUGCUGUAAUAAAUCUAUGUCUGUGUGUGUAUCUGAGUGCAGGCCCUUUGCCCUCUGACUGAAAUGGUUUACAGAUAGCCUGUAGGUUGUUUCCUCUAGGAUAACUAGGAUCUAGGAUCAACAAAAUCAUUGUUUGGAGAUAAGGGUGCAGGUGUUCGUGUGAGAAAAUUUGGGGGAGGCUGCCUCCCAUGGGGAAAAGUGCCGGCCGCCCACGAGUUUCCAAUUAAAAUUAUUAGGGAGUAAAGAUUCGCUCUUUCCUUAAAUUAUGCAAUACUGGCAGCUGGCAGUGGCAAAAAGAGGGAUGGGUUAAGGGCGUGAACUGACCUCUGCUCAGAGGGUUUAAAGGGUUCAGUUGUCAGACAGUAAGUUCAGAGGGCUUCCGGAACCUCUCUCAGUGUUUUGACCUGUAUUAAACAGAAUAAACACUUUACUUCUUGGCAUCUGAA